AGUACAUGGCGUGGCCUCGGUGUUUGAAGCUAAUAAGCAUCUUAUUCUCAUCUAUAUAAACCCCUUAAUUGUUGGAGAUCAUAACUCAGAAUAACUAGAAACAAAAUAUUUAACAAUGGCUUCUUAUUUUACCAACUAUUUUCAAAUUCUAUGCUCCUGUGUUUUAAUCGCACUACUCUCCAACUUGUGUGUCUCGGAAGCACAAGAUUACCCCCCGGUAGCGGAGGGACUUUCAUUGACUUUCUACGACACUAGCUGCCCUGAUUUGGAGGCCACUGUCAGGAAACAACUCGAAGAGGAAUUCACGCAAGACAUUGGUCAAGCUGCUGGCUUGCUUCGUCUGCAUUUCCAUGAUUGUUUUGUCCAGGGAUGUGAUGCUUCGGUGUUACUUGAUGGAUCGGCGAGUGGACCAGGAGACACGGAGCAGGAUGCACCCCCGAACCUGACUUUGAGAGCGAAGGCGUUCGAGAUUGUUGACAAAAUUCGUGGGCUAGUGCACGAGCUUUGCGGUGCAGUUGUUUCUUGCGCUGAUAUCGUCGCUCUCAGUGCCCGUGAUUCGAUUGUUCUGUCGGGAGGUCCGGACUACAAAGUGCCACUGGGAAGGCGGGAUGGACUAAGCUUCGCAACAAGAAACGACACACUAGCCAACCUUCCUCCUCCCUUCGCUAAUGCUAGUUCUAUCCUCUCUGCUCUGGCCAACAAAAGCCUAGACGCCACAGAUACCGUCGCGCUCUCAGGGGCACACACUAUCGGCAAAGCUCACUGCAGUUCCUUCACGGAUCGCCUAUACCCACAAGACCCUACCAUGGACGAAACCUUUGCUACUGACCUCAUAGGCAUCUGCCCCGAAAACUCAACAGUCGAUGGCACAACAGACCAAGACUUCAGAAGCCCGGAUGAUUUUGAUAACAAGUACUACGUCAACCUCGUGAACCGACAAGGCCUGUUUACUUCGGACCAGGACUUGUUCACAGAUAGUACGACCAGUGACAUUGUCACUAGUUUUGCAAAUAACCAGACCUUGUUUUUUGAGAAGUUUGUGAUUGCUAUGUUGAAGAUGGGACAGAUGGGUGUGGUGACUGGAACAGACGGGGAGAUUCGGACUAAUUGUUCAGCGAAAAACUCGGAUACUACAUUGUUGUCUACUCUGGUUGAUGUUGCAGGGGAACUGAACUAUUGAAGGCAAUAUCCUAUUUGAUAUACUCCCCUGAAUCCUGAUCAGUUUUGUUGGUUAAAAUAAGCUUUGUAAAACAUUUCGCUAAUUUACGCUUGUGUUGUUAAAAUAGUAGUGUGCUUUUAUCUCAGCGAUGUAUUAAUAAACGAAUUAAUUCCCAGA